UUACUCAAAACAGUAAGAACCAUUAGCUGUAAAGCCAGUUAUUAAAAAAAAGUAUACAACUACUUGCGGUUUGUUUUGUUUUGUGUUCACAGAAUAUAGAUAAGUACUCUAUGUAAUGUCAGUAGUUUCUUUAACCCACAGAUUAAUACUACGUUUAGCCGUUUGUGGUCAGUAGUUAGUGGUCACUACGUGUUUUGUUUUUGUUUUGUAAUUUGUGUUAUAGUAAUAUUGAUCUGUGACUGGCGACUGCUGUGUUUACUGUUUGUGAAAAGUGUGACUGAAGAGAAAUGUUUGAUUUAAUGAAAAUAAUCGAAGUUUGGAAAGCAAAUUGAAAAUCGCUCUGUUGUAUACAUUAGGGAGAUACUGACUGAGUAAAGUGGUUGACUACUUUUAUUUAUUAUCGAGGAAAUAGAAUCCCUGCUCCCGGCCGGCGAGUGCGGCGCCGCUACAGGUGGAUGCCGGCUCGCUGACCGGCGGCGGCUGCCAUGCUGGCGCUGCUGCUGCUGCUGGUGACGGCGCGCGCGGCGGCCGACGCGCCGGGUGCGUCCGAGCCGCCCGCCGCGCCCCGUGCGACCGCAGGCGCCGCGUCCGAGCUGCCGGACGCAACUGUCGCGGCGGACGCGGCGGGCGCGGCUGACGCGCUGCAGUGCGACGCGACGCAGUUCCGCUGCGCCGACGGGGCGCGCUGCGUGCCGGCGGCGUGGCGCUGCGACGGGCGCGCGCACUGCGCCGACGCGUCCGACGAGCUGCACUGCGUGUGGGGCGGCACGUGCGGCGCGGCGCACUUCCGCUGCGCGCGCUCGGGCCGCUGCAUCCCCGCCGCCUGGCGCUGCGACGCCGACGCCGACUGCGGCCCGCACGACGCGUCCGACGAAGACCCCUACAUGUGCGAGAAGGACUUCAAGUGUCACGGCUCGUGGGCGCGCUGCGCCACGCCCGAGCACGGCACGUUCAGCUGCGUGCCCGUGCUCCAGUUCUGCGACGGCGUGCGCCACUGCGCCGACGGCAGCGACGAGUGGGACCUGUGCGACAACUUCACGCAGGCGCAGUGCGCGCGCCUCGGCUGCGCCGCGUGCCGCCCCACGCACGACGGCGCGGCGUGCGCCUGCGGGCCCGGCUACGAGCCGCGCGCCGACGGCGGCUGCGUCGACAGCGACGAGUGCUCGUGGGAAGGCGCGUGCGCUCAGCGCUGCAGCAACUCGCCCGGCUCGUUCUCGUGCGCGUGCGCCGCCGGGUUCGCGCUGCGCGCCGACGGGCGCUCGUGCGAGCCGGUGGACGAGCCGCCGGGCGCGCCGCGCUCGCUGCUGGUGGUGACGGAGAGCGGCGUGUCGCGCGAGUGGCUGGCGCCGGGCGCGCCGCCGACGCCGGGCGCGCGCUCGCUGGCGGCGCUGGACGUGCGCGCGCUGGACUUCGACUGGGCCGCGGGCGAGCUGUGCUACGUGCACCGCAACGUGAGCCGCGCGGCGCUGCUGUGCGUGCGCGCCGACGACUUCGCCGUGCGCCGCGAGCUGCCGGCGCCCGCGCUGUUCGGCGACCCGGCGGCCGUGACGCACCUGGCGCGCGACUGGGUGGCGCGCAACUGGUACUUCGCGGACGCGGCGCGCGAGGCGGUGUACGCGUGCGAGGCGACGCUGCGCCGCUGCCGCGUGCUGCUGGACGGGCUGGGCGAGCCGCGCGGGCUGGCGCUGGACCCGGCCGCCGGCCUGCUGUUCUGGAGCGCGUGGGGCGCGGCGGCGCCGGCCGUGCGGCGCGCGUCGCUGGCGGGCGAGGAGGCGCGCGCGCUGGCGGCCGACAAGCUGGUGUACCCCGGCGCGCUGUGCGCGGAGCCGGCGGCGCGCCUGCUGUACUGGGCGGACGCGUACCUGGAGACGGUGGAGCGCGCCGACUACGCGGGCGGGCGGCGGCUCACGGUGCGGCGCGGCUACGCGGGCGUGCGGCUGCGCGCGCUGGCGCUGCUGGGCGACACGCUGUUCCUGCCGCUGUGGGCCGAGCGCGCCGUGGCGGCGGAGCGCGGGCGCGCGCGCUCGCUGCUGCCGCUGCGCGCGCGCCCCACGCACGCGCUGGCGUACCACGGCGCGCGCCAGCCGCGCACGGCGCACCCGUGCGGCGCCGGCGGCGGCUGCGCGCACCUGUGCGUCACGGCGUACCGCGCGGGCGCGCCGCACGCGCACUGCCUGUGCGCCCACGGCUACCGACGCGCCGGCCGCGGCGACUGUGAGCUGGUCGCGGCGGAGAGCUACGUGGUGGUGGUGCGCGGCUCCCCGCCCAUGGUCGUGGGCGUCACGCUGGCGCGCGGCGACGACGCCUUCGUGCCCGCCACGCACGCCGCGCGCCCCUCCGUCGCCGACGUGGACACCGCCGCCGGCAUGCUGUACUACUGCGACGUGCACAGGUACGAGAUCGUGCGCCAGCGGCUGGACGGCGGCGCGCGCGAGGUGUUCGCGGCGGACGGCGUCGACAACUGCGAGGGGCUGGCCGUGGACUGGAUGGGGCGCAACCUGUACUGGACCGACGACUCGCUGGGCGCGCUGAGCGUGGCGCGCCUGGACGCGCCGCACCGCCGCGCGCUGCUGCGCGAGCGCUCGCACCCGCGCGCGCUGGCGCUCGACCCCGCCAACGGCGUCAUGUACUGGGCGGCGUGGGCGCCCGGCCGCAUCGAGUCGGCGGCCAUGGACGCGUCGCGCCGCCGCACGCUGCUGGACGCCGAGCUGCACUGGCCCAACGGGCUGGCGCUGGAGCGGCGCCGCCUGCUGCUGUACUGGUGCGACACCUACCUCGACAAGCUGGAGCGCGUGCGCGUGACGCGCGGCGGCGCGCUGGCCCCGGGCGCGGCGCGCGAGCUGCUGGCGCGCCGCUCGCCCGCGCUGCCGCUGGCGCGCCCCUACGGCGUGGCGCCCUUCGGCGACUGGCUGCUGUGGAGCGAGCACGGCUCGGGCGCGCUGCGCCGCCUGUACGCCAACGGCACGGCCGACACGCUGCGCGCCUUCCCGCCGCCGCUGUACGACGUGCGCCUGGUGGAGAGCGCGGCGCGCGGCGGCGCCAACGCGUGCUCGCGCCGCAACGGCGACUGCGCCGAGCUGUGCCUGGCCACGGGCGCGGCCGCCCGGCGCUGCGCGUGCGGCGAGGGCCGCGAGCUGCUGGCCGACGGGCGCUCGUGCGGCGACGCGCCCGGCGCCGCGUGCGCGGGCUUCCGCUGCGCGCGCGGCGGCUGCGUGGCCGCGGCGCUGCUGUGCGACGGCGACGCGGACUGCGCCGACGGCUCGGACGAGGCGGCGGCGGGCGGCCCGUGCGCGAACGCGACGUGCGCCGAGGGCGAGCUGCGCUGCGACGGCGCGCGCUGCGUGCCCGACGCGCGGCUGUGCGACGGCGCGGCGGAGUGCGUGGACGGCGCGGACGAGGCGGCGGCGGCGUGCGCGCGCGUGCCGUGCCCCGCGCCGCGCUUCCGCUGCGCGCGCUCGCGGCGCUGCGUGCCGGGCGCGUGGCGCUGCGACGGCGAGCUCGACUGCGGGCCGGGCGACGGCUCGGACGAGGAGGCGUGCGCGGCGCCCGCGUGCGAGGCGGGCGCGUUCCAGUGCGACGGCGGCGCGUGCGUGCCGUGGGAGUACCGCUGCGACGCGCGCGCCGACUGCGCCGACGGCAGCGACGAGCGCGCGUGCGCCGCCGCCGGGCGCGCCUGUGCGCCGAGCGACUUCCGCUGCGGCGACGGCGACUGCGUCAGCCAGGAGUUCCGGUGCGACGCGCGCGCGGACUGCCUCGAUGGCUCGGACGAGGCCGACUGCCCAGCGCCCGGUUCCGAGCCCGGCAUCGCGCUCGGCACCGAGUCGCCGCGUGACGCGUGCCCCGCGCCCGCGCUGCGCUGCGACAACGGCUCGCGCUGCGUGCCGCUGCAGCAGCAGUGCGACGCGCGGCGCGACUGCGCGGACGGCGCGGACGAGGCGGACCGCUGCGGCGAGCCCAUGUGCGCGCUGGCGCCGUGCUCGCACGCGUGCCACGCGUCGCCGCGCGGGCCCGUGUGCGCCUGCCCCGCGCCGCUGCGCCUGCAGCCCGACGCGCUGUCGUGCGCGCCGCCCGCGCCGCCCGCCGCGCCCUGCGCGCGCUGGGGCGUGUGCAGCCAGACGUGCGAGCCGCUGAAGGCGCGCCACCGCUGCGCCUGCCGCGCCGGCUACAGGCUGGCGGCCGACGGCUUCGCGUGCAAGCGCGCCGACGGCGAGCGCGCGCUGCUGCUGUUCGGCGACGGGCGCGAGCUGCGCGGCGUGCGGCCGCCGGCGCGGCGCGCGCGCUCGCUGGCGCCCGCGUCCGCCGCCGCGCUGGCCUGGGCGCGCUGGCCCGCGGACGGCGCGCUGCGCGUGUACUGGGCCGACGCGGCCGCCGGCGCGCUGUUCCGGGCCGAGCUGCGCGACGACGGCGCGGGCCCGGCCGAGCCGCUGGCGCGCGCGCUGGCGGCGCCCGAGGGGCUGGCGGCCGACUGGGCGGCCGGCAACCUGUACUGGGUGGAGGCGGGGCUGCGGCGCGUGGCGGUGGCGCGGCUGGACGGGCGCCACGCGCGCACGCUGCUGCGCGGGCUGCGGCGGCCGCGCGCGCUGGCGCUGGACCCCGCGGAGGCGCUGCUGUUCUGGACGGACUGGGACGCGGCGGCGCCGCGCGUGGAGCGCGCGUCGCUGGCGGGGCGGCGGCGCGCGGCGCUGGCGGCGCUGGCGCCGGGCGCGUGGCCGCACGCGCUGGCGCUGGACCGCGCGGCGCGGCGCGUGUACUGGGCGGACGCGCGCGCCGGCUCGCUGCACGCGGCCGAGUACGCGGGCGGCGACGCGCGCACGGUGCUGGCGGCGCGCGCGCGGCCGACGCGGCCGUACGCGCUGGCGGUGCUGGACGAGCGCGUGUACUGGAGCGACUGGCGCGGCGGCGGCGUGCUGAGCGCCGACAAGUGGCGCGGCGGCGCGGUGGCGCUGGCGGCGCGCGCGACGACGCAGGCGCUGGGGCUGGCGCUGGUGCGCGCCGACCUGCAGACGGACGCGGGCGCGGGGCCGUGCGCGGCGGGCGGCGGCUGCUCGCACCUGUGCCUGGCGGAGGCGCCGGACGCGCGCGCGUGCGCCUGCCCGCCGCUCAUGCGGCUGCGCGCCGACGGACGCACGUGCGAAGCGCAUGAGCGCGUGCUGCUGGUGGGGCUGCGCGGCGCCGUGCGCGGCGUGGGCGCCGACUCGCCGGGCCCGGAGCUGGGCGGCGCGCACGUGGGCGCGCCCGUCGCGCUCGCCUUCCUGGCCGAGGAGCGCGCGCUGUACUGGGUCGACGCCGACGACGGCCAGCUCGUGCGCGCCGAGCUGCGCGGCGGCGAGCGCCAGCCGCUGGCGGCCGCGGAUGGGCGCGCGCUGGCGCUGGACUGGGCGGCGCGCCUGCUGUACUUCGUGGCGCGCGGCCGGCUCACCGUCAGCGGCCUGCGCGGCGAGCGCGCCAGCCCGCUGCUGGCCGGCUUCGAGCACGCCUCCGCGCUGGCCGUCGACCCGCCGCGCGGCCGCCUGUACUGGGCGCUGGCGGAGCCGGGCGACGAGCGCGUGGAGGCGGCGGCCGGCGACGGCUCGGCGCGCCGCGUGCUGCUGCGGCGCGCCGACGCGCCCGCGCUGGCGCAGCCCGCGAGCCUGGCGCUGGACGCGGCGGGCGACGCGCUGUACUGGGUGAACCGCGGCAGCGCCACCGUGCACGCGCUCGACCUGCGCUCCGGCCGCGCCGCGCUCGUGCCGCUGCCGCCGGGCGCGCGCCCCGCGGCGCUGGCACUGGGCGCGGGCGAGCUGCUGUGGGCGGACGCGGCGCGCGCGGCCGUGCUGGCGUGCGCGCCGCCACAGUGCGCCGCGCCCAGCGUGCGCGCCGAGGACGCGGAGCUGGGCGCGGGCGCGCUGGCGCUGCUGCAGUACGAAGGCGCGCGGCCGGCGGGCGCGGGCGCGUGCGCACUGCGGCGCGAGCCGUGCCGGCACCUGUGCGUGCCGCUGGCGGCGGAGCGCUCGGCGUGCCGCUGCGCCGCGGGCUACCGGGCGCGCGGCGCGGAGUGCGCGCCGGAGGAGCUGCUGCUGCUGUCGCUGGGCGCGGAGCUGCGCGGCGUGCGGGCGGCGGACGGCGCGGACGCGCUGCCGGCGCUGGCGCGCGUGGGGCGCGCGGCGGCGCUGGCGUACGACGCGGCGGAGCAGUGGCUGUACUGGGCCGACCCCGAGGCGGGCGAGGUGUGGCGCGCGCGGCGCAGCGGCGAGGCGCGCGCGCGCGUGCUGCGCCAGGAGCCGGCGGCGGACGCGGCGGCGGGCGCGGCGCUGGCGGCGCUGGCGCUGGACCCGGUGGCGCGCACGGUGUACUGGGCGGACGCGGCGCGCGCGCUGCUGCUGGUGGCGCGCAUGGACGGCUCGCACCGCUGCGUGCUGCGCGACACGACGCCGCUGCGCGUGACGGCGCUGGCGGUGGACGGGCGCGCCGGGUACCUGGUGCUGGCGGGCGGCGGGCGCGUGCGGCGCGCGCGGCUGGACGCGUCGCGCGGCGCGCAGCUGCACGCGGGCGGCGCGCUGGCGGCGCUGGCGCUGGCGGCGGGCGAGCGGCGCGCGUACUGGCUGGCGGAGGGCGCGCUGUGGCGCGCGGGGUACGCGGAGGGCGCGGAGGGCGCGGCGGAGCGCGUGGGGGGCCCGCUGGCGCACGCGGUGGCGCUGGCGCCGCACGCCGGCCUGCUCUACUGGCUCGACACGGCGCUGGCAGGCGGCAGUUUGGCGGCGGCACCGCUGGCUAACCUGACGGCGCGGCGCGUGCUGGCGGGCGGCCUGGGCGCUGGCCUCGAGGCGCUGGCGCUGGCCGCGGCGCCCGACGAGCUUCCCGCGCCCAGCCCGUGCGCGCGCGAGCACGGCGGCUGCGAGGCGCUGUGUCUGUGGGACGGGCGCGCGGCGCGCUGCGUGUGCCCGCACGGCGACCUGGCAGCCGACGGCAAGAACUGCACGCCGUCCGACACGUUCCUGGUGUACUCGCGCGGCGCCUCGCUCGCCAGCGUGCGGCUCGGCGAUGACGCGGCGCGGCUCAACGCGCCGUACCCGCCCGUGACGCACGCCGCGCUGCGCGACGCCGCGGCGCUGGCCUACGAGUACGACACGCGCACGCUCUUCUACUCCGACCUGCGCGCCGGCGCGCUGCGCGCCGUGCACUUCAACGGCAGCGGGCACCGCGAGCUGCUGGCGGGCGCGGGCGCCAUCGAGGGGCUCGUGUUCGCGGCCGCCGAGCGCGCGCUGUACUGGACCGGCGCCGGGCCGCCCGCGCUGCGCGCCGCGUCGCUGCCCGCGCUGCUGGCGGCGCCGCCGGCCGCGCGCGCGCGCCUCGUGCGCACCGUGCUGCGCCUGCGCGCCGCCGCCCGCCCGCGCGCCGUGGACUACGAGCCGUGCGAGCGCCGCCUGUACUGGAGCGACUGGAGCCCGGCGCGCCCCGCCGUGGAGCGCGUGCGCGCCGACGGCGGCGGCCGCCAGGCGCUGGUCACGCGCGACGUGCUCAUGCCCAACGGGCUGGCGCUGGAGCACGCGGCGCGCCUGCUGUACUGGGCCGACGCGCGCCUGGACCGCGUGGAGCGCAUGCGCUACGACGGCUCGCACCGCCAGCUGGUGACGCGCGCGCACGCCGAGCACCCCUUCGCGCUGGCGGCGGGCGCCGGCUGGCUGGCGUGGAGCGAUUGGGCGGCGCGCGGCGUGUUCGGCGCCGAGAGCGGCGGCGGCGCCGUGCGCGCGCUGGCCCGCGACGCGCCGCGCGCGCGCGCCGUGGCGCUGGUGGCGCCGGGCCUGCAGCGCUGCGCGCCGGACCCGUGCGCGGCGCACAACGGCGGCUGCGCCGAGCGCUGCGCCGCGGAGCGCGGGCGCGCGGCGUGCGGCUGCGGCGCGGGCCGGCGGCUGGCGCGCGACGGGCGCGCGUGCGAGCCGGCCGAGGGCGAGGGCGCGUGCGGCGCGGCGCAGUUCGCGUGCGCGGAGGGCGGCUGCGUGCCGGCGGCGCUGGCGUGCGACGGCGUGCCGCACUGCGCGGCGGCGGACGCCAGCGACGAGGCGCCGUGGCUGUGCACGGCGCGCGCGUGCCCCGCCGAGCAGCACGCGUGCGGCGCGGGCGGGCGCUGCGUGCCGCCGGGCGCCGUGUGCGACGGCGUGCCCGACUGCGACGACGGCAGCGACGAGGCGGCCUGCGACUGCGCGCCCGCACAGUACAGGUGCGACGACGGCACGUGCGUGGGCGUGGGCGCGCGCUGCGACGGCGCCGCGCACUGCCCCGACGCGUCCGACGAGCGCGACUGCCCGCGCGCCGCCGGCGACCGCUGCUCCGCGGCCGACGCGCGCUGCGACGGCGCCGCCGACUGCGCCGACGGCAGCGACGAGGCGGACUGCGCGCCGCCCGCCACCGCCGCCGCCGCGCCGGACGCCUUCGACGCGCCGCCCGCGCUGGACUGCUCGGACGAGCAGUUCCGCUGCGGCGGCGCCGGCGCCGUGGAGUGCAUCCCGCUGGCGUGGCGCUGCGACGGGCGCGUGGACUGCGCCGACGGCGCCGACGAGGCGGCCCCGUGCGCGCGGCCCGCGUGCGCGGCGCACGAGUGGGCGUGCGCGGGCGCGUGCGUGCCGGCGGCGGCGCGCUGCGACGGGCGCGCCGACUGCCCGCGCGGCGAGGACGAGGCGGACUGCGCCUGCGCGCCCGGCGCCUUCCGCUGCGCCGCGCCGCCGCUGUGCCUGCCCGAGAGUCUGUACUGCGACGGGGACGCCGACUGCGACGACGGCUCCGACGAGCCGCCGGGCUGCGCGGACGACGCGGGCGCGGCCGGCGCGGGCGCGGGCGGCGCGCUGUGCGCCGGCGAGCCGGGCGGCGUGGAGUGCGCGGGCCGCUGCGUGCCCGCCGCGCUGGUGUGCGACGGGCGCGACCACUGCGGCGACGGCGGCGGCGGCGGCGCCGGCUCGGACGAGGACCCGCUGGCGUGCGCGGCGGGCGGCGCGUGCGCGCGCGGCGAGUGGCGCUGCGCCAACGGCGCGUGCGUGGCGCCGCGCGCGCUGUGCGACGGGCGCGACGACUGCGGCGACUACAGCGACGAGGCGCGCUGCGGCGUGGACGAGUGCCGCGCGGGCGCCGCGUGCGCGCACAACUGCAGCGACCUGCCCGUGGGCCACGCGUGCUGGUGCCGCGCGGGCUGGCGGCGCGCCGGCCGCGCGUGCGUGGACGUGGACGAGUGCGCCGAGGACGCGCCGUGCGAGCACCGCUGCCGCAACGCGCCCGGCGGCUACGCGUGCGCCUGCGCCGCCGGCUUCCGGCUCAUGCGCGACGGCGCGGGCUGCGAGCCGGCCGGCGGCGCGCCCGCCUCGCUCGCGUUCACCAACCGCUACUACGUGCGGCGCGCGCGCGUGCGCGGCGAGCGCGAGCCGCCGGCGCCGACGCAGCUGCUGGUGCACAACCUGACCAACGCGGUGGCGCUGGGCGUGCACUGGGCGCGCGGCUGCCUGCUGUGGAGCGACGUGACGCGCGCGGGCGCGGGCGUGUGGCGCGCGUGCGCGGCGCUGGGCGCGGCGCCGCCGGGCGCGCUGCCGCCGCCGCGCGCCGCCGAGCCGCUGGCGGGCGCCACGCUGCGCAGCCCCGACGGGCUGGCCGUGGACUGGGUGGGCGGCAACGUGUACUGGUGCGACAAGGGCACGGACAGCGUGGAGGUGGCGCGGCUGGACGGGCGGCGGCGGCGCGUGCUGCUGCGCGCGGGGCUGCGCGAGCCGCGCGCGCUGGCGCUGCUGCCGGCGGCCGGGCUGCUGUUCUGGAGCGACUGGGGCGCGCGCGCGCACAUCGGGCGCGCCGGCAUGGACGGCGCGGGCGCGCGCGCGCUGGUGCGCGGGCUGGGCUGGCCCAACGCGCUGUCGCUGUCGCCGGCGCGGCUGCUGUACUUCGCGGACGCGCGCGAGGACUACAUCGCCGUCACGGACCUGGAGGGCGCGCGCGUGCGCGUGCUGUUCUCGCGAGAGCGCAUGCCGUGGCUGCGCCUGCACCACCCCUUCGCGCUGGCCGUGUGGGCGGGCCGCGUCUACUGGACGGACUGGGAGACGCACUCGCUGGAGUCCUGCCGCCUGGCGCCCGACCCGCGCUGGCGGCCCGCGCCCGAGCCGCCCGGCGCCGGCGGCGCGCUGCGCUGCCGCACCGAGGCGCGCACCGUGCACAAGCCCAUGGACCUGCGCGUGCUGCACGCCGCGCGCCAGCCGCCCGCGCCCGCGCUCGCCGCGCUGUGCCAGCGCCUCAACUGCAGCGGCCUGUGCCUGCUGACGGCCGAGCCGGCGCCGGGCGCGGGCGCGGGCGCGCGCUGCGCCUGCCCCGACCACUGGGUCGAGGCGCCGGGCGGGGCGUGCCGCGCCAACUGCACGCCCGCGCACUUCGUGUGCCGCGCCGAGCCGCAGUGCAUCCCCUACUGGUGGCGGUGCGACGGGCGGGACGACUGCGGCGACGGCAGCGACGAGCCCGCCGCCUGCCCGCCCUUCGCCUGCGCGCCCGGCCAGUUCCAGUGCGCGGGCGGCCGCUGCCUGCGGCCCGCGCAGCUGUGCGACGGCGAGCCGCAGUGUCCCGCCGGCGACGACGAGCGCGACUGCGAGCGCUUCGCGUGCCUCGCCGACCACUGGAAGUGCCCCGCCGACGCCGCCUCCGGCGCGGGUGCGCGCUGCGUGCCGGCCGCCGAGCGCUGCGACGGCACGCCGCGGUGUGCGGGCGGCGCCGACGAGCGCGACUGCCCGGCGGCCGCGUGCGCCGCGCACGAGUUCCGCUGCGCCGCGGGCGCGUGCGUGCCAGGCGCGUGGGCGUGCGACGGCGACGCCGACUGCGCCGACGGCUCGGACGAGGGCGCGUGGUGCGCGGCGCGCGCCUGCCCGCGCGGCGAGUUCCGCUGCGGCUCGGGGCGCUGCGUGCCGCGCGAGUGGCUGUGCGACGGCGACGCGGACUGCCCGGCGCGCGAGGACGAGCUGGGCUGCGAGACGCGCGCCGCGUGCGACCCCACGUACUUCCGCUGCGGCGACGCGCGCUGCGUGCCGGGCCGCUGGCGCUGCGACUUCGAGGAGGACUGCGCCGACGGCAGCGACGAGCGCGACUGCGCGCCGCGCGCCUGCUCCGAGUCGGAGUUCCGCUGCGCCAACGGGGAGUGCCUGCGCGGCGCGCUGCGCUGCUCGGGCGCCGCCGAGUGCGCGGGCGGCGAGGACGAGCGCGGCUGCGACGCGUGCGGGCCGCGGGCGCGCGCGUGCGCGGCGGGCCGGCAGUGCGUGCGCAGUGAGUGGUGGUGCGACGGGUCCGCCGACUGCGCCGACGGCAGCGACGAGGCGGCGUGCGGCAACGCCACGCGCGGCGGCGGCGGCGGCGGCGUGGAGUGCGGCGCGCGCCUGCGCUGCGGCGGCGCGUGCGUUCCGGCGGCGUGGCGCUGCGACGCGCGGCGCGACUGCGCGGGCGGCGAGGACGAGGACGCGGCCGAGUGCGCGCGCACGGCGUGCCCGCCGCCCAUGUGGCGCUGCGCCGACCACUCGUGCGUGCCGGCGCAGGCGCUGUGCGACGGGCGCGCCGACUGCGCGGACGGCGGCGACGAGGCGCGCGAGGCGUGCGGCCGCGGGCCGUGCGCGGCGGGCGAGCGCGCGUGCGGCGGCGCGUGCGUGCCGAGCGAGGCGGCGUGCCCCGCGCGCGGCUGCGACUGGCGCGCGUGCCCGCAGCUGUGCGUGCCGCGCGCGCACGACCACGUCUGCAAGUGCGCGCCCGGCUUCAAGCUGCACGCGCCCGCGCCCGGCGCCAACGUGAGCUGCGAGCCCGUGGGCGGCCCGCCCAAGCUGCUGGUGGCGAGCGGCGGCGAGCUGCGCCUGCUCGACCCGCACAAGCGCGAGCGCGCCGCCGACGAGCCGCGCGCGCCCGGGCCCGAGGUGCUGGCGCUGGCCGCCGCGCCGCUGGGCGCCGACUGGUGGGCGUGGUGGACCGACGCGUGGGGCCGCCUGCGCCGCGCGCGCCUGGGGCCCGCGCUCGGCCCGCCCGGCGCGCCCGAGCUGCUGCUGCGCGCGGCGCCGGGCGAGGAGCUGCGCGGCGUGGCCGUGGACCCGGUGGCGCGCCGCGUGUACUGGGCCAGCGUCAGCGCGGCGGGCGGCGGGCGCGGCGCGCUGCUGGCGGCGGCGGCGGACGGGCGGCGGCGCGUCACGCUGUGGGCGCGCGCGGGCGCCGAGCCCGACGACGUGGCGCUGUGCGCGCGCGCGGGCGAGGUGUACUGGAGCGAGCGCGGCGCGCUGGGCGGCGUGCUGGCGGCGCGGCUGGACGGCGGCGGCGCGCGCUGGCUGGUGCGGCGCGGCGCGCGGCGCAGUGCGGCGCUGGCGCUGUGGGCGCCGGCGCGCCGCCUGUACGUGCUGGACGCGUACCACGGGCUGCUGCACGGCGUGGCGCUGGACGGCACGCAGGCGGCGCCGCACGUGCGGUUCGGCAGCGGGCCGGCGCCGGGCGCGGGCGAGGACUGGGUGCGCGUGCGCGCGCGCGCCUGCGUGCGCAUGGCGGCGUGGGGCGACUGGCUGUGGUGCGCCAGCGCGCGCGGGCUGCGGGCGGUGCCGCGCCGGCCGCCGGCCGCGCCCGCGCCGCCGCCGCACGCGGGCGCGGUGUCGGCGGUGGCGGUGCUGCACGCCGCGCUGUUUCAAGACCUGCCCGAGGACCCGUGCGCGGCGGACGCGUGCCCGCGCGGCGCGCUGUGCCUGCGCGGCGCGGAGGGCGCGCGCAGCUGCCUGUGCCCCGACGGGCUGCGGGCGGCGGCGGACGGCGCGUGCGAGGCGCCGGCCGGCGACGGUGGCGACGUUGGCGGCGCCGCGUGCGCGCGCGAGUGCGGCGCGGGCGCGUGCGUGCGGCGCGCGGGCGCGGAGGCGUGCGAGUGCCCGGGCGAGUUCGCGGGCGCGCGCUGCCAGCACUACCGCUGCGCCGCGCACUGCCAGCGCCGCGGCCGCUGCGGCGCGCGCGCGCGCUACCGCCCGCCCGACCAGCCGCCGCCACUCGAGUGCGAGUGCUACGCGGGGUACGCGGGCGCGCGCUGCGAGCGCACGCUGCGCCCGCCCGCCGCCGCCCCCGCCGCCCCCGCCGCCGCCGCCGCCUGCGCGCCGCCCUGCCAGCACGACGGAACGUGCUCUGCGGAGCACGGCGAGCCGACGUGCUCGUGCCCGCCCGCCUGGCGCGGCGCGCGCUGCGAGCUGCCCGCCGCGCCCGCCGCGCCCGCCGCGCCCGCCGCGCCCGCCGCGCCCGCCGCGCCCGCCGCGCCCGCCGCGCCCGCCGACGCGGAGCGACCCAGCGAAUGGGGCUCGUGCGCCGAGCCGUGCGCGCACGGCGGGCGCUGCGUGUGGCGCGCGGGCGCGGGCGGCGCGUGCGCGUGCGCCGGCGCGUGGGGCGGGCCGCGCUGCGCGCACUACGUGGGCCACGACCACGCGUGCCGUGCGCUGGCGUGCCGCGCGCCCGCCGUCUGCGUGUGGCGGCCGACGGGCAACCCGUCGGAGCCGGGCACGCCGUACUGCGCGUGCGCCGAGGAGGCGUGCGCCGCGCCGCCGCCGGGUGCGCCGGGCGCCGCGUGGGGCGCGGGGCUGCUGGCGCUGCUGGCGCUGCUGGGCGCGCUGCUGGCGGCGCUGUGCGCGCUGCAGCGGCGGCGCGGGGCCUUCGCGCACGCGCGCCUGCCGUCGCCGGCCGACGGGCUGGAGAUCAGCAACCCCAUGUACCUGGCGGACGAGGAGCCCGAGCCGGCCGCCGCCCCCCGCGCGGCCGCCGCCCACUUCGGCAACCCGCUGUACGACAGCACGUUCGCGCCGCCGGAGCCGCCCGCCGAGGAGCAGGCGGCGCUGCUGCCGGGCGCCGCGCCCUGAGCGCCGCCGCCGCCGCCGCCGCCGCCGCCCGGUCGCUGCGCGGUGCGCGCCGAGUGGGGAACUGUGGCUUGCGAGUCUCAACAUUACUAAUUCCGUAUAUAGAUUUUUGUAACUCUAGUGCCAAACAUUUUUUGUAGUUUUUUAACACAUCUUGUCGAAUUUAGAACUUCCAUUAGAAUCAUUGUCUCCAUCACCACCAGUAGGAACAUCUGACGUCAUGUAGCGCUCACACACACAUCGUGUCGCACACAGCUGCACACAGUAGACUCGUACUCGUACGUACGUAACGGCCUUCCUUUUUGUUGACUUGCAACUUACACCGAAUGUUAUGUUAAUGUUAUGGAAGAGCUCCGACUCUGCGCCGUCGUUGUGAAGAUACCUGCGCCGUGCGCGGGCUGCCGUGGAUGUACUCCGACUUGAUUCUUUUAUGUCUUCUACUUACUUAGAUGAUUAAUGAUGGAGCUCGCUGUACACUUUUGAUAACGAAAUUGCUCAAUGUAGCCAUAUUUUUCACGCCAUUUGUCAAAUGAUGUAGACUGUAAGAUUUCCACGAUUUGUUUUUUUUAAUGAUUACGUAGCAAAUUACCAUACUCGUAAGUUUACCUUAUUUUGGUAGUGACUCUAAUGAAACUUGGCCUCACAGAAAACUUAAGUCUCGCAAAUGCGAAUCGUAUAGUUUGUCAAUGAUUAAGGCAUGCACAAUAGACAAAAUUAUAAUUAUUUUUGGCAAGUUUCAAGUCAAACCGCGUCGUCGCAGACCACUUUGAGAGUAGACUAGAGUAGAGUGGUGGUAAAACUACAUUCCUACUGGAUAUAGAAUGUGCCAUUUCGUUAUAUUUCUCUUUUCGGAAUCUGUAAACUCUCAAAGUUGUCUGGAUGUACUGGUAUGUACGAGUUAAAACUCUUGGAUUGUAUCGUGUGAAUCCUCCAUUAUGACCGCAGCUUGCAGCUUUUUAUGUUUAGUUACUUCUUUUAGAUAUAAUUAAUAUAAUAUUGGUAAUUGUUUGAUGUAGAAAAUAACGAUGGUAGCUUUUUUAAAACAAAACUAGAUGUUUAUCUCAUUAGCAAUACAAUAAGUGUGUGAUGUUAGCUGUAGUGUCUCGAUACUGUUGAGAAUGUGGAGACAACUCGGGACGCAGAGGACUGAACGUGGCGCAGUUGCGGUGACGUGGUUUAUGUAAACCCUUAAUGGACAAAAGAUGGUUUAUUUGUAUAAUUCAAACAAGUGUUUAAAAUGAUUUAUCCAUUAAACAUCGUAAAGUGUCUGUCAUAGGCGUAUCUAGGAUUAUUUCCUAGGGUAGGCCGGGCCCCCGACAUCAAAUGUAUUAUUAGUAUCAUAAUAGAGUACCAUAUCGGUAGUCCAGAAUCCUAGGGUGGGCACAGGUUCAUUCUAGGGUGAACACGGCCCACCCGCUAUAUACGCCUCUGGUGUCUGUCUGGCGCUUGUUUUCAGUAGCGUAGCUAGAGCUAGGUAACCAAGGGCCCUGGUGCAAAUAAAAAAUGGGCCCCACUACCAUCUUAACUGGUUAGGUUUUAUCAAGUAAAAAUAUUCAUCUGCUCCUUUUCAUUUUUGAAAGUUUACAAUUUCAGUCCGAUCGCGAUUUUCUGGUAAGGAUUUGAAGUCGCUCCGAGGUCGAGGGCCCGGCACUGCACCUGGGUCAUUGCUUGUUUUCCGUACCUAUCAGAUCUUACUGAAAUAUUUCAUUACAUAAAUAUUAUAUUGAAUUUCCAAUGAUCAUGUAAACAUUGUAAUGAUUUACUGACUUAAUGUAAACAGCAGACGAAGCUGCCGUCGGAGUCAAGCUCAAACAACCUUCGUGAUAGCUUAUAAAAUAAUAAUAGCGUGCACUUUAGAUGUAAUUUAGUUAGUCGAGUCCGCGCAGCUCGUUUAGUAAUACUCGGAGUUAAAGGAUUGCUCAGUUUCAUGUACCUACCUAUUGAAUAUUUCUACUUACCUCGUAUCUAUCUACCUAUACUUAGAAUUAAGUAAUCUUAAUAAUAAUUCGUUUUUGUGAACGGAUACAUCUGGGAGCAGAUAGAUUUAUGAUAUUGUCAUAUUUGUAUUGAAGUAUGUGGAGUACCUACACGGGUCAGCGCACACCGCGCGACGUUGAAGCACAUCACAAAGUUGUCUCCUCGGUGUGCGCUGACCUUAACCAGGCAGCUAGUUUUUGAAUGACUGUAGUCUGUGACUCUGUCAGGAUGUAGUCGCAUGAACCUGCCGCAGGUUGCGCAUAGGUUAGGUUACGCGUAGGAAUAGUUCACUCAGUGGCGUAGCGUGCCUGGGAGCGGCCCUGUAUCAAAAUUAGUCGGGGGUCCAAAAGAAGGUUAAAGUUUUUCCCAAAAGAAACAAAAAUGCUCGAUAAAAUAAAUAUGACAGUGACUUAACCUAUGUAGGAGGUUUCCAACUUUUGGGCGUACGCUUUUACCAGGGAAAAUAGAAAUUAUGGAAUACCUACAUUUUACUAAGUUUUGCUUUCACACAUAAAGGACCCUGAAUCAUUGUUACGGCUGAUACGGCGAUAGCUACGCCCCCGAGUUCACUCCUUGUUGUAUGUAAGAGCGACUUCGCACAAUCUGAGCUGUGAAUCUCAAAUCGUCUUAUCGAACUAUUUGUAAGCGUACGAUUUUGAUCAUCGUUUUUCUCAGACUACCUGCAUAAGGACCUGUCUCACUAGAUGUUACUUUCUGUCAAAAUAUAUAAUCAACGAUUUAAUGCGUUUAUAAAAGCUGUCUCUACAGAAUCGAGGUUUCAUGGUUGUAAUCGUGUUCGUCGGUUGAAAAACACCGUUUAGUACAAAAUGGUGUAAAAACCGGUCAACAACUUCUAGUUAAGUAUAUGAUAUACCUAAUCUAAGCUCAUGUUACUCAAAAAUGCCAGACAAUUCUGUUCGUGAAUGAAUGUGCGAUACUAGUCCUUAUGUAAUUAGUCUGAGUUGUUUUGUAAUUAGCUAUAAUGUAGAUUUAAGAGUGGUGUAAGAAUUGAGGUACAGUUCAAAUUAAACGAUUGUAAUCUUCAAUAUAA